AAGCUGUCAAGAGAACGAUUAUUCUGAUGUAGAAAACGAAUGGUCUCUCAACAUAAGACGGACCGGAAUGUUACAUUUCUUGUUAGCUAACGUAGCCUGUUAGCUAACACCAGCAGCCUCGCUAACAUUAGCUAAGUAACGUACAUUUAUUACAUGCGUUAUUAUUCCAUUUACUUAAACUAGAGAAGAAACUCUGUUACCCCUCAUUAUGCUGCGGUUUUUAAAAAUUCCAAAUCUUUUGGUUAUUUGAGCGUCCUACGACUCCUCUAACUGCUGUGCAAGACAAAGACCUAAUUUACUAGCUAGCCGUUUCUCUAGCAUCUCAUUAUCUUAGUAUCCUCAUCUUGUAGCUACUGUUCCUUUCCGUAUUACUCCACGAGCGUGUGAAUUAUAAAAUCCAGGAGCACAAACUUUCUCUUAAAGUUAUAUUUGAGUUUGCGUCACAAAUCGCUAGCAAGUGACGUCUUCAUCUUGUUAACACGCUUACUUGGCUACAUGCAGUCUCAUUGUAAUCCUGCUAUGCCAGGAAAUGAGCAAGUUUAGCCUCACCAUAUGGGAGACAGCGAUGAUGAAUACGAUCGCAGGAGAAGGGACAAAUUCAGGCGUGAGAGAAGUGACUAUGACCGUUCAAGAGAGAGAGAAGACAGACGCAGAGAUGACUGGAACGACAGGGAGUGGGACAGGGGGAGGGAACGGCGUAGCCGCGGAGAAUACCGGGAUUAUGACAGAGGUCGCAGGGAAAGAUUCACCCCUCCAAGGCACGACAUGAGUCCCCAGCAGAAACGCAUGAGAAGAGAUUGGGAUGACCAUGGUGGAGACCCUUAUCGUGGAGGAUAUGACUUGGGUUAUGGUGGUGGAGGGGGGCCCAGCUAUGGCCCACCACAGCACUGGGGCCAUCCUGACUUGCAUUUAAUGCAACCUCAUCAUGGCAUCCCCAUUCAGGCAAGGCUUGGCAACAUCCAUGACAUGGAUUUGGGACCACCCCCUCCCAUAAUGAAGAGCUUUAAAGAGUUCCUGCUGUCCUUGGAUGAUUCUGUGGAUGAGACUGAGGCUGUCAAACGCUAUAAUGAGUACAAGAUCGACUUCCGCCGACAGCAGAUGCAGGAAUUCUUCUUGGCCCAUAAAGAUGAAGAGUGGUUCAGGUCCAAGUAUCAUCCAGAUGAGGCUAGCCGACUUAAGGCAGAGGCCCAGGGCGCACUGCACAACCGUCUGAAUGUCUUCAUGUUUCUGAUGGAGAAUGGCUGGUUUGAUAAUGUCUCCUUGGACAUUGAACAGACCCCAGCCAUCAUCAAGGUUCUGGAUGCAGCUGUGAUAAAGAUGGAGGGAGGGACAGAUCAUGAUCUUCGCAUCUUGGACCUCCCAUCAGAAGAAGAGGAAGAAAGGGAGAAGUCUGUGUCUCUUUCAGGGGGUGCUGAACCCCCGAAGAGAGAAGACCUCAAAGCCUUGGAUGGUGACCGCAAACUUUCAUUGGAGAAGGACAAAAAUGAAAAGGAGGCGAGUGACUUUGCCAGCUUAGAUAGAGCUGCUGCAGCUGAAGGGGAGGCUGUGAAAGAUGAGGCAGAGAAAGAAGCCGCCAAAGAAGAGAAGAUGCCUGAGCCCAAGAAGCCGAGAAGAAAGAGGAAGCGCAGCGGAGACAGCGAUGAUGAAGGCAGCGCCUCUGAGAGUGACUCUGAUUCUGAUUCAGACUCCAAUUCCAACUGCUCUGAUAAACCUCUGAAGAAGGAAGAGGUGGGAGAUAAGGAUGAGGAGGAAGAUGAGGGUGAAGAAGAGGAGAAACCAAAGGAGAAUGCUGAAGAGGACAAGAAAGAAGAAAAGAAGCCUAAAGAUGACUCUCCCAGACCACGGCCCCUCCACAGGACUUUCUCUCUCUUCAUGAGGAGCAUCGCUCCCACCAUUUCCAAGGCUGAGAUUAUUGCUCUUUGCCGGCGUUUUCCUGGCUUUCUGCGUGUUUGCUUGUCUGACCCCCACCCAGAACGCAGGUUUUUUCGACGUUGCUGGGUGACGUUUGACCGUAGUGUCAACAUCAAAGAAGUUUGCUGGAACCUUCAGAAUAUUCGACUGCGAGACUGUGAGCUGGCACCAGGGGUGAACAGGGACCUUGCCCGGAGGGUGCGUAAUGUUAACGGCAUCACUCAGCACAAGCAGGUGCUCCGCAAUGACAUCAAGCUGGCUGCCAAGCUCAUUCAUGCCUUGGACGAGAAGGGAGACCUGUGGGCUAACAAGUUCCAGGAAGAGGGGCAGAGCACAGAGUUGCCAGCUCAGAACCCCAUCUUGAAGAAUAUCACAGAUUACCUGAUAGAGGAGGUGAGUGCUGAGGAGGAGGAGCUCUUGGGCUCCGGGAGUGGGAUGGAUCCUGAGGAGAGUGCCAAGGAGGGAAACCCUGCAGAGAUGACUGUGGAGAAGGAUGACAAACUCGCCAAGGUUUUGGAUCGUCUCAUCUUGUAUCUACGUAUCGUGCACUCAAUUGACUACUACAACACCUGUGAAUACCCCAGUGAGGAUGAAAUGCCUAAUCGCUGUGGCAUGAUCCAUGUACGUGGACCCAUCCCUCCCAACCGCAUCACACAUGGCGAAGUGCAACAAUGGCAGAAGAUGAUGGAGGAGAAGCUGAGUCCCUUGUUUAGUUUAAAAGAAAUCCUGUCUGAAGAAGAGGCAGCCAAGAUGGGCCGCAAAGAUCCUGAGGAUGAGGUUGAGAAGUUUGUCUCUGCCAACACUCAAGAGCUUGGAAAGGACAAAUGGCUCUGCCCGCUAAGUGGCAAGAAGUUUAAAGGCCCGGAGUUUGUGCGGAAGCACAUCCUGAACAAACAUGGGGACAAAAUUGAAGAAGUGAAAAAGGAAGUGGCGUUUUUUAACAAUUUCCUGAUGGAUGCCAAGAGGCCGUCACUGCCAGAGAUGAAGCUUCCUCCUCUUCCAGGGCCAGGUCAAGGUUUGCUUUCUCCCACCAUGCCAUUUCCUCCUCAAGGUCCUCAGGGUCCAAUGGGCUUCGGACAGCCUCGUCCACCGCUGAUGGGCUAUGGUGGUGCACCGCCUUACCCACCAAACCAAUACGGAGGAGGCCGAGGCAACUAUGACAACUUCCGCGGGCAAGGGGGCUACCUGGGGAAGCCGCGCAACAUCAGAAUGUCACGGGGUGAUCCACGCAACAUCAUUGAAUAUCGUGACCUGGAUGCACCAGAUGAUAUGGACUUCUUUUAGAAGGUUGACUCGGUCCUUUCGGUGUUCAUGCUUCACCAGUGUUGUGUUCUGCUUGCUUUCUGCAAUAGGUUAGAUGAAUUCUUUACCUAAUAUUUUUUUGUAAUUAUUAUGCAAUUAGAACAAACUUCUGAUGAACUGCCUCCUCAAUAAAGUUGAUCUAACUGCA